AUGAAAGGUGCUGAGUGACCGGGCCGAGGGGUUUUAAGAAUAAAAAGUGUUUUUAUUUUAUUUUAUUAUGGAAACGACCGAUUUAAACCUCUAUUUCUCUACGGAAUACGAAAACUACACAUUCGAUAACCAAACGUUUGAUGAGGACUUUUCAUUCUCCCCCCCGUGGCACCACCUUUGCUCCGGAGAGGUGCUCUGCAUCCUGCUGCUGACGGUGAACAUCAUGACCUUCGUGUUUGGUGUGGUGGGGAACGGCGUGGUCAUCUGGAUCGCAGGCUUCAAAAUGAAGAAGUCGGUCAACACCACCUGGUACCUCAGCCUGGCCCUGUCCGACUUCGUGUUCUGCGCCAGCCUGCCCUUCAACGCCGUCUACAUGGCAACGUCUAACUGGACCUUCGGACACUUCAUGUGCAAGUUCACGUCCUUCGUGAUGUUCCUCAACAUGUUCAGCAGCAUCUUCCUCCUCGUGGUGAUCAGCGUGGACCGCUGCGUGGCCGUCAUGUUCCCGGUCUGGGCGCAGAACCAGCGCACCAUACGGAAGGCCUCAGUGGUGGUCGUGCUGGCCUGGCUGGUCUCCGCCGCCUUGAGCGUCCCGUCCAUGAUCUUCCGCGACGUCCAGGAGCACAUGGACAGAACCCGGUGUCAGAACAGCUACACCAGCAGCCCGCACAGCCACAGGGCGAUCGCCACGAGCCGCUUCGUGUUCGGAUUCCUCGUGCCGUUCCUGGUCAUCAUGGUCUGCUACUCGGUCAUCAUCGUCAAGCUGAGGAGCAACCAGAUGGCCAAGUCCACCAAGCCCUUCAAGAUCAUGACGGCGCUCAUCCUGACCUUCUUCCUGUGCUGGCUGCCGUACCACACCUUCGUCCUGGUGGAGCUGAACAAGAGCCUCCCCAACCACGUCAUCAACUACGGCCUCCAGGUCGGGACCUCGGUGGCCUCGGCCAACAGCUUCCUCAACCCCGUGCUCUACGUCUUCAUGGGGAACGACUUCAGGAGGAAGUUCAAGAGCUCCAUUCUGUCUAAGAUCGAGAGCGCCAUGGGGGAGGAAGGACGUACGCUGAGCCGCUACCUGUCCCGCUCCAGCUCCGUGGACACCAGAGCGUCCACUCACAUCUGAUUCUGUAUUUUAGAACCUCUGGACCUCUUACUUUUUACCUCUGAUCUCACUGGUCCAAUAUUAUCAUACUUUUUUAUUAAAUGAUAAAUAUGUAUUAUAUAUCAAUACACUGUAUGGACAAAAGUAUUGGGACACCCCUUCUAAUUUUCGAAAUUAUGGGUUUUACCUAGUUUAGGGAAGGCCCCUUUCCUGUUCCACUAUGACAAAGCUAGGUUUGAAGAAAAUGACCCUGACCUGAACCCUGAGGUUCUGAGUCUGAGUGUGUCUGAGUCUAAGUGUGUGUGUGUGUGAGUCUGAGUGUGUCCGGGUCUGAGUGUGUCUGAGUCUGAGUGUGUGUGUGUGAGUCUGAGUGUGUGUGUGUGUGUCUGAGCCUGAGUGUGUCUGAGUGUGUAUGAGUCUGAGUGUGUGUGUCUGAGUCUGAGUGUGUCUGAGUCUGAGUGUGUCUGAGUCUGAGUGUGUGUGUGAGUCUGAGUGUGUGUGUGUCUGAGCCUGAGUGUGUCUGAGUCUGAGUGUGUCUUAGUCUGAGUGUGUCUGAGUGUCUGAGUCUGAGUGUGUCUGUGUAAGUGUUUCUGAGUCUGAAUGUGUCUGAGUGUCUGAGUGUGUCUGAGUGUGUGAGUGUGUGAGUGUGUCUGAGUGUGUUUUUGAGUGUUUCUGAGUCUGAAUGUGUCUUGAAUGUGUUUUUUAGUCCGAGUGUCUGAGUGUGUGUGUGUGUGUGUCUGAGUCUGAGUAUGUGUGUGUCUGAGCCUGAGUGUGUCUGAAUGUGUGUGUGUCUGAGCCUGAGUGUGUCUUAGUCUGAGUGUGUCUGAGUGUCUGAGUGUAAGUGUUUCUGAGUCUGAGUGUGUCUGAGUGUGUCUGAGUGUGUGUGUGUGUGUGUGUGUGUGUGUGUGUGUGUGUGUGUGUGUGUGUGUAAGUGUGUCUGAGUGUGUUUUUGAGUGUUUCUGAGUCUGAAUGUGUCUUAGUUUUUUAGUCCGAGUGUCUGAGUGUGUGUGUGUGUGUGUGUGUGUGUGUGUGUGUCUGAGUGUCUGAGUAUGUGUGUGUCUGAGCCUGAGUGUGUCUGAAUGUGUGUGUGUCUUAGCCUGAGUGUCUGAGUCUGAGCGUGUCUGAGUGUGUGUGAUAGCCAGUGAUAGCUCAGUGGUUAAGGUACUGGACUAGUAAACAGAAGGUUGCCGGUUCAAGCCCCGCCACCACCAAGUUGCCACUGUUGGGUCCCUGAGCAAGGCCCGAAUACUUUUGACCAUAAAGUGUAACUAGGGUUCUGAUGUUAGCUUUAGAAUCUGUACCUUCCUGGCCUGAAAGUGUGGAAGAUCCCAGCUAUACACACACACACACACACACACAUACACACACACACACACACACAUUCACCUAUAGGGCAAUUCAGUGUCUCCAAUUAACCUUACUGCAUGUUUUUGGACUGUCAGAGGAAACCCACACAGACACGGGGAGAACAUGCAAACUCCACACAGACUGAACCCAGGACCUUCUUGCUGUGAGGCGGCAGUGCUACCCCCACCGAGCCACCGUGCUGCCCAAGGUAUCCAUUCUUCUCAAAUUUGGACCAGAUCAUGACAGAUCUGUUCACAUGCUUCAGGGUUUGAUGGACGGCGGUAGCUUAGAGAUGAGGGUACUGGACUAAUAAUCAGAAGGUUGGUUUUACGCCAGGUUGCCACUAUUGGGCCCCCUGAGCAAGGGCCUUAACCCUCAGUUGCUUGAACUGUAUUACUUCAUAACUAUAAGAGCGUCUGAUAAUGCAGUGAUUGUAAACAGCAGUUUGAAGGAUGUUGGUUCUGUUACAUGCUGCUGUUUUUGACUGAACACGUUGUUGGUGAUUGGGACCGGCUGCACCACCACAUCUGUGUCGUCACCGGGUUUUUUAAAACUUUUGUGCCGUUGUGGUCAGCAUACGACUGUUUUCAGAUCCUGAGUUGAUGCCUGAUCUGUAGCUUUACUAAUAAAUGAUUUACUGUAGCUGAUGAUCUGUAACGUAGACGCUGCUGCUCAUGCACUGAAUAAAUAAACACGUUCUAUUAAAUAAA